CAAAACAAAAGCCUCCAGUAUUCCUCCGCCAUUUUGUCACGGCAUUUUAGUGACAUUGGUUCGUGAAAUUUUCAAUUUCUGGUGGUUCUGGUGCUAAAGGCUUCUGGCGGUUAAAAACAAGACUUAAGAUCGCCGCAAUGGAAAACGAUACGGAUGAAAAUGAGCAUGAAACAGUCAUCAUAGCUGGCGGUUAUGAAGAGGCUUUCCAGAAUUCUAUUCAAAGCGGGCAGUUGGCUGUGGUACACACGCAGGAAAUCAUCGAGGGGUCUUCGCAUAGCGGUCAUGAAAUUACGACCCUUACCCACACUGGGCCGAAAAGUAAAUAUUACAAACAAACGUAUCGCACGGCGUGGGAGAACAUGCCCGAUUUCAAAGGCUGGUUACGUGGUGUUCCAGGGGAAGCCACAAGAGCAUUUUGCAUUUAUUGCCAAAAAACUUUACAUGCACAUAGACUAAGUUUGCUUAAGCAUACUUGUACUAUGAGACAUCAAAAGGCAGCACAAGUACAUCAAGCAAGAAAGUUAAAUCAACAGAAAAGUUUCGAAAUUUUGGUUCAAAACACAACUUCGGAAAACGCCGACGACCAGCAAGAAGAAGACCAAGAAAUGGAUGAAGAAUCUUUCCUCACUGAAGAAACUGAAGAGCAGGAACAAGAAAAUGAAGAUGAAGAGGAGGAAGAGGAAACAAUCCAUGUGACUGGAAUGAAAAAGGAGCAAGGACGCAAAUCUGCCCAAUAUGACUUGAUGCAUAAGAUAAUGUCACAUUCUUCAUCACCAAUAUCUACUCACGUUUUGGACACCACAAGAGGCCAGCCAAUCCAAGGCCUUCAAGUGAGUUUGUACAAACUUAUUGAAGGCAGAUGGACCUACAUUAAUGAAGGCAACACUAACGUUGAAGGGAGGUUUUGGCAUUUCAUCGAGCGAAGGGAUUUUUCUUCUGGUCGCUACAAGUUGCAUUAUGACGUUGAUCGCUACUUCGAAGCAAAGAAACAGGAUACAAUCUAUCCAUUUGUUGAGAUUGUUUUUGACGUUCCAUCGGUCCAAGACCGAUUUCACAUACCACUUUUGCUUAGCCCAUUCGGAUAUACUACAUACAGAGGUUCUUAAGGUUUAGUUGAGUAUUAUUUUGAUGAUGAUCAUGUAUUCAGUCGACUUAGUAAUUCUUGUAAUGUAGAAAUAAGUUAAAUUAGAGUAAAAUAUAAUUUUAAUUAGUGUGUUGAACAAUAAAAUAAUAAAAUAUACUAUUUUCUACUAGGUAAAAA